CGAUAUCGAGAAGCAAGCAUAAUUUUCCAUUCGACUAUUGUUCCAAGUGUUGGACGAGCGGCGAUAAAGCAACGAAACCAAGUGUUUCUUCAUACCUCCGUCUAUCGUGGUCCUAUCAGCGAAAUCCUCGAACCUACCAGUUCCGAGCGAAAAAUUAUCGAAGAUAAUUGGCGUAAAAAUAAAUUUCGUUAAUAAUAACAGUCGAAACAGCGACCUCGUUUACGCUGAUUCGUUUUUUUUGUAAGCGAAAGCAAUAAAUUAGAUGAGACAAGUGUAAGUUUAAGUAACCGGGACGUUUGAUGAUAUAUUCUUAAUUUUCUUCCACUUUUUUUGGUAAUUAGCUUUGGAAUGUCGAAAUUCAUCGCUAAAAAUAUCAUCGUAAACGGGUAGGAUUCUGUGAUCAAUGUUUUAUCUUUUUAAAUUCACGAAAUGAGUUAGAUAAGGUUUUUUGAUGCUUUGUUUCCGUUGAGAAGAGCAACGCGACUACAUGAUUGCUUCUCGUCUUUGCUCGGUAUCAAUUAAAGCGAAUAAAGUUGCAUGAAAAUUCAAUUGAAAACCUGACAAUUUUCCAAUUAAACUCAAUACGACCGGUUAAAUCGAAUUGAACGAGCCGCCCCAUAACGAGCGCCUCUUUCCCGCUAUCAAAACGGACAGUUUGUUUCCGUGGCGUUUCCAGGAAGACGCGAUGAAUAACAUGCCGCGAAGACAAGUUCCUCCUCGUUUGUUACGUGUGAACCGAUCCUCCCUUCGGUUGACACGAGGACGUUUACUCCUCUUCGUGACUACAACUAACGCGCUGAUUAUUAUAAUUGUUAAUUGCAGUAAUUUCUUGAGAAACGCCGUGGAUCACGCGGCAUAUCACGAGAUUUCUUAAAAUGGCACUUGGAACUAAGUAAUAUUGAAAUAGAAAUUUUCUAAUUUUUUAGAAUUAAUUUUUCUAUUUUAUUUGCGGUGUGUUACCGGUGACCCACGCAACAUGGCUCACGUUCAUUACCAAAAAUGAUAACUACAAUAAAAGUAGCUUUGUUUAUAAAGAGGAAAUCGAUCAUUCGCGAAGACUGCGAUCAGCAACUCUCGAUGGACAAAAUUCCAUUGGUCAUCAUUAACUGGCGAUUAUUUCUUCUGGAGGAACGAUCAAACGCGGCUCGAUUGAUCGUUUCGCGUUCAUCAUGUUCGCCUCGUUUCGUUAUCGUGUUCGUUAUCAUCGGAGAAAGAGGAGAGUAGAAAUGAAAGCAGACGCGUUUUGGUAUCGAGCCAGAAAUGAAUUCCCGAGCAAACGGUCCGUCGCAUUGUGUCCGACGCAACACGAUAACAAGCUAUCUGGCCGCUUUUUUGCACAGAUAAUUGCUCCUCCUGCUUUCUAGAGCACCGAUUGCACCGAUCCGAUCGUUUCUCAAUUGCUCCUUACGAAUUUCUUCUAUGCUCCUCCCGUAAUGUCGCUAUUAUUAGGACCAUCUAUUCUUGGUCCGUGCCAUGGAAAGCCGACAUCGUUCGAGGAAAAUGUAUACCGCGACUGAGAAACGUUGUUUGACAUUUUUCUACCGUUUUAUAUUCCACCUAACUCGCCAGCAGUCAAAUUAAUUUCAAUUUUCUUCUAGCUUCUAAUGGCUGUUAAAAGUAGCAUCUCCAAAUUGCAAGGCGUCAACUUAAAUUAGUGCCAUUUCGAAAUACUUCUAUAUACAGGCUCUCAAUAUCGUUCGUUUAUUAUAAUUUAAAAGCAGACGAGUUACGCUCGCUAAAAAUAAGCACAUCCCUUAUCAAUCGGGCCGAGUUUACACAGGCCUGUUUGCACAAUAUGCCUCGGUCCGUGCAACAAUGUAGCUUCACGCGAGUUACAUGUCCAUCGUGUUCUCAGCAUUCGUUCGCACGUGUCACAAUCCUUUUGUAGCCUAUGAAUCAUGUUGAUUAUACAGGACCUUGAUAUCAAUGACGAUCAACGGGGAGAACGACGAAGACGGGGACGAGAGAGUCGUUGACCCUACCGAUCCUCGCGAUUUCGAAUCAUAUUUGAUCAUUUAACGUCAACGCUAGAAGACUUGAGAUUUCUAUUUUUAUAUCCAUUGUUAAAUCUCUUACUAUUUAUCAAUGACUAGUUUACCGCUUUAUACAUACGCGAACAUAGAAUCGGAGAAUCGUGUGUGCUCUAAAUACACACGCAAUAUGUAUUUCAUACUGUCACCGUUGUUCCUGACACUGUUAUCUUUAACGUGAUUAUUAUUAGCAUACUUUGGAAGCAGACUAAUCCAGCUGAUAAACAAGCAAACAAUUUGUUCAAAUUGAUUGUAUAAUCUAGCUACCUGGAUACUUUAAAUACCCUCGAUAUCUGAUCGCGACAAAACUUUCCGUGUGAGUGUUUGAUUAAUUAUUAUAAUCAGAUUGAAGCAUUUAAAUGGUAGCAGUGGGUGGGAAGUAAGCUUAAAAAUAAUCUGGAGAGUAUAAAAUGCUCUUUUUCAGAAUAUCCUUAGAGACUUCGUAGGCCUGGGUCACCGUUGACUCUACCUCGAGACAAAUAGUUAGUCAACCGUGGACGACGAUGGCGUCGCUGGAGAACAAAGUGGAUGAACGAGUCGCGAAAGCAUCGCAACAGAACGGAGGCGGAUGCAGGAACGAGGAGCUGCCUCUCGAAGAUGUCCAGGAUAACAAUAACGAGAGCAUCGAAGUGGAGAUGGUGGUGCCACCGGACGGGGGAUGGGGUUGGGUGAUCGUCGCCGCAUCCUUCAUGUGCAAUCUCUUUGUGGAUGGUAUCAUCUUCAGCUUUGGUGUCUUCCUGAACGACGUGUCCGAGGCUUUCUCAGUUUCCAAAGCGAGGGUCGCUUUGGUUGGCUCGUUGCAAUCUGGGUUCUAUCUAAUGGCUGGUCCUUUUGUGUCGGCUUUGGCCAACAGGUACGGCUUCAGGCUGGUCGCGAUCCUAGGAAGUGUUAUAAGUUGCGGUGCUUUCGUGCUCUCCUACUUUAGCACUUCCAUCGAGUUCCUCUACAUCUCUUAUGGUGUACUUGGAGGUAUCGGCGCAGGAUUGAUCUACGUGCCGGCUGUGAUAACGACAGGAUUUUAUUUUGAAAGAUGGAGAGCCCUGGCUACAGGGAUCGCGGUUUGCGGCUCUGGGAUCGGUGCUUUCUUGCUUGCACCCAUUUCAGAUCUGCUCGUCAAGGAAUUCGGGUGGAGGGGCGCGUUGUUAUUUCAAGCAGGAAUGUUGCUGAAUUGUGCCAUAUUCGGGGCAAUGUUUCGUCCACUGAAACCGAUCAGGAUUAAAGUGAAAUCUACCCCAGAAAACGUGGACUUAGAGGUGAAGAACAGCUUGAUGGCAAAAGGUGUGUCUACCGCAUCGUUGCACUGCGUGCAACCUGGCAGAAGUGGUUUCUUUGGUACGAAUAACAACACGGAAUAUCCAACAGCAGCCGAGCUACUCGGCAGUAAUCCCAACAUAGUAAAUGUUUCCAAAUCUCUACAUUCACUUCACAGGGUUCAUGUGGAGCUACGUACUUUGGAAAGGAAGUUAAGCAACUCGGAAAAACGAUUAUCCGCGCCGAUCUAUCCUGACCUGGAUGUGAACAUGGACGAAAAAAUUGCAGAAGAGAAUAAUCUGCUGGGUGGUGAUGUGGAAAGAUUGAACGGCAAGGUACCCACGAUUCGCAGACACACGAUUAGCGGUCGAAGACUUCGCGCGGACUCGGACUGUAGCCAAAAGUCGUUGAAGGUGGGCAACAAGCGGAAUCCGUUCAGCAAGGAUCCACAGAGACCAUUUUAUAGGGACGAUAUCUUUUAUGGGGGUUCUUUGAACAGACUGCCUCAUUACAGGUCCCAGCAAUCAUCCGUGGGCUAUCACAUGUCGGUCACGCGUUUGCCAACCGCCACGGACGUAGCUGAAGAGGAAAGCGGAAGUUGUUAUCUAUGUCCAGAAAGCGUACGAAGGAUCCUGACAACCAUGCUGGAUUUGAGUCUUCUGAAAAGUCCUUCCUUCUUGAUCCUGGCAAUCUCCGGAGGACUCACUAUGAUGGGCUUCUAUACACCCUUUAUGUACGUCGCAGACCGAGCGAUAAGAGCAGGAAUCGAGCCAUCCACAGCGAUGUUCCUGGUGUCAGUGAUCGGUAUCGGUAAUACCAUUGGUCGUGUGGUGUGUGGAGUGGCUAGUAGUUUGCCAGGUGUCAAUGCAUUGGUCGUUAACAAUAUAUUCAUCAGUACUGGUGGAUUAUUAACCCUACUGUCUGGUCUGUCGCUCACUCAGGGCUUCCAGUUUUUCUAUGCAGCCAGUUUUGGCAUUAGCAUUUCUGUCUUCGCCUCGCUGAGAUCGAUCCUCGUGGUAGACCUGCUGAGCCUGGAGAAAUUGACCAACGCGUUCGGGUUGCUUCUCCUGUUCCAAGGUGUGGCAGCUGCCAUAGGCGCGCCUCUUGCAGGCGCCUUCAUGGACGCGACAGGAAGCUACGACGCCUCUUUCUAUCUAUCCGGUAGUCUGAUCUUCUUAUCGGCUGUGAUCUGUUACCCUUUGAAGAGGAUCAACGAAUGGGAAAAAAUGAAGAGCAGCGAGAAGAACAGCGACGAUCAAUCAAAGUCUUGAUCUGUCGCGUUCGCUGCUUAGCGCUCCGUGUUUUGUACAUAUACCGACGUGUAAAUAAUUUAUAACGAGCCUUUGGAGUCGUUAAUUAAUCCACGACGAACAGGAAAAAAGCUCGUUACAGUCAACGAUCAAAAUCAUCGUCGUUCGAAUGGAAGGGUCUGUCGGGUUCGGUCAAGUGCAAUUGGCGAGCAGCAGAGAUUUUGCAGAUACGAAUGAAGAGGGUAUAUCGUAAAGAGGACAUUUUUGUCGAGAUCUGAUUCGACAUAAGAACACGUUGUUUAGGGUAAUUAUACUGCCGUUCAUAAGUACAUGGACACUGCUAUCUUUACAAAAAUUUAAUUUUAAUUGUUAAUUAACACUUUUACUGCCACAGUAAACUUUCCAAGUGUCUCUGUACUUAUGAACAGUAUUAACACUUCCAUGGGGUCCACGGUAUCCUACGAGUCCUUUGUGUUGAAAAAAAAAAACCAUGGACAGGACAGGUUAAUGCCUUGUAUCGGUGCCUUUUACUCAUAAUCUUCCUCAAAUACCGCGAGGAUAAGAAUGAUGAUAGAUCCAGUAAGAGAGAUUGAAUAGAUCACUUAUAUUGUAAUCUAUUUUUGCUACGACCUUGUUACCGUGUCACAAGCGAACUGCCAUACUCCAGAUUCGCGUAAGUUUAGGUAGUCUUCACGCUUUCUGGAUCGUGAAACGUACACGUCGCAUCGUCUCGACGGGAAACGAUGAGAGAUAUCUUGGAAGCGAUCCGAUUCGCAGGCAAAGUGAAUUCGUUAAAUCGUGAUCGAUCGAUCUCUCGUUUCGCUUCCGAGAUAUCUGGUAGAGCAUGUUUCUAUAAUAAACAAGCACAAGCGUACGGUAAAGGCGUAUGUACUUGCAUAAACGGGUACACGUGAUCUUGAUAUAGAGAAUGUGCAUCCGUUCUGGUGCAGUGCUAUUUAUAGCGUUAAUUAACACGUUGAUUGUCAUCAGUGAUUCGUUUCACAAAUUUCAUUGAAAAAUGAUAAAAGGGGUAAAAAAGUUAAAGUUACACUAACGAUUUGAAACAGCAAAAUUAUCGAUAUUUUAAUUUUUAAUUAAUGAAAAAUUAAUUUUCUACGAUGGCAAUCAAGGUGUUGAGCGUUUCGAGCGAUAUCCGGAAUUGGGUUCCAGAUGUCGGCGUCCUCUAGCCUUAAAUGACUUGCUCAAAAAUUAAAUCCGUUCCUACUGUUCCUAAUUAAUUAUCUACUGCGUAGUAUUUCUCUAUUUUUUUUUUUUUUUUUAAUUAGAGUCGAACCGUGUACCACGAGUUCGUUGAUGCCCUUAAUUCUCGUAACACGCGACGUUUCGAAGAUCGCGAAACACUUACACUCACUUUGUUAAGAAAUAAAUUAUUGAACGUAUCCAU